CCAUGCCAGGAGGGAAGAAGUCUCUGCUUUGGUCUCUGACCUAUACUGCCUGGCUCCUGAUGCUCCCAGGUGAAGGGCAAGAGGCUGCCCAGCCUGAAGUGAUGACCCAGCUUGGUCUGGUCCGUGGGAAACAGGUGGCUGUCAAGGGAACUGACCGUCUUGUGGAUGUUUUCCUGGGAAUUCCAUUUGCCAAGCCUCCUCUGGGAGCUGGGAGAUUCUCUCCUCCACAGCCUGCUGAGCCUUGGGAGGGUGUAAAAGAUGCCACUGAAUUUCCCCCAAUGUGUUUGCAGGAAUUAGAAAGGACCGACCUUAUGAAAAAUACUUUAGAUGGGAAGCAGCAACUCUUCCCAAUAUCUGAAGACUGUCUCUAUCUCAACAUCUACACUCCAACCUCCAGACAGAAGAAGGAUAAGUUACCUGUGAUGUUCUGGAUCCAUGGUGGAUCACUGGCAAUUGGAUCUGCGUCCUCACAGGAUGGAUCACCUUUAUCAGCCUAUGAAGAUAUUGUUGUGGUAAUGGUACAAUACAGAUUAGGAUUCCAGGGAUUCUUGAGCACUGGGGAUGAGCUUGCACCUGGUAACUGGGGAUUCUUGGACCUAGUGGCUGCUUUACAAUGGGUCCAGGGCAACAUUGCUCACUUUGGAGGAGACCCCAGCUCAGUGACCAUCUCUGGACAAUCAAUGGGAGGAAUUGCUGUCUCUAUCCUUGUUCUGUCUCCAGUGACCAAAGGCCUAUUCCAUAGAGCCAUAUCACAGAGUGGGGUUUCUGUUCUUCCAGGCUUGGUGAUAAAUAACCCUUUUCCCAUUUUUCAAAAUAUUGCUCACGUCUUUGGCUGUGAAGGCUCCAGCUCAGCCGUUUUGAUCCGGUGCUUACGGAAUAAAGAGAACAUGAUAUUCACUAGGAAUUUAUCAUCUCUGCCAUUAAUCCAGAUGACUGUGGAUGGUGUUCUUUUACCAACAUUCCCAGAAAAGAUGUUCUCAGAGAAAGAAUUCCCAAGAAUCCCCUAUUUAGUUGGAGUUAACAAUCAUGAAUUUGGGUGGUCAAUACCUUUGGCAUGGAUUUCUCAGAAUCUGGAAAAUGGAAUGAAAAAAGAAAUUGCACUCAACAUGCUGAAGAACAAAAGCCUUUUAAUAGGCGUCCCCUCCGAACUGAUCCAUUUGGUCGCAGAUGUGUAUAUUGGUAACCAGACAGACCCAUUAGCCAUUCAGAAUGCGGCUCUGGACAUACUUGGAGACUUCAUUAUUGUUCUUCAAAGUCUGAAAUUUUCAAAGGACGUCAGAGAUGCUGGUGUUCCAGUCUACUUUUAUGAGUUCCAGCAUCGGCCAAGUGCUUUUGAUAAGAUCAAACCCGCUUUUGUAAGAGCUGACCAUUCAGCUGAACUCCCAUUCAUUUUUGGAGGCCCUUUUAUGACAGAUGAACGCUCCAUGCUGGCUUUUCCAGACUCCACUGAGGAAGAGAAGCAGCUAAGCAGAGCAAUGAUGAGAUACUGGGCCAAUUUUAUGCGCACAGGGAACCCCAAUGGAGAAGGGCUGCCUGACUGGCCUCUCUUUGACCAAUCAGAGUCAUACCUAGAGUUCAACUUGACCUUAAAGACCAGAAGAAAACUCAAAGAAGACAAGAUGGAAUUUUGGACAAAAUUCAUUCGGGAAAAAGUCAAGCCAUAUGUUGAAGGAAAGAAGGCACAUGUGGAGUUGUGAUUUCCCUGACACUGAACUACCUUAACACAUCAAGACUGGAGCAUUUAAAGAGAUCAUUUUAAGAUCUUAGUCAACUUUUUGUAUUUGUGUACAGACCAAAAAACCCAAACCUCCAAAUAAAAGUUCACUACCAAAAUUAUAAUAGCAAUAAUGA